AUUUUGUAAAUCACAUCCGGACAACCGCCUCCGUUCCUGAUGGAAUGGCAGCGCAGCCAGUGACCGGACCCAUGCACCGACUGGCCUUCGUGCUUUUCGCCGCUCUCGUCGGCCUGUCCGCGGCGGCCGCGCCCUGCGUCGCCCCGCUGCAGUGGGAGGGCCGGUGGGUCCAGUACGACCACGGCACCGGGCGGAACCACCGGGCCGCUGUCUCCUACGACGGCCGGAACCAGAGGAUCCGAGUCCUGCAGCAGCACAAGAAGCACACGCCGUGUCAGAAGUUCUUUGAGUACAUCUACUUGUACCAGCGCAUGGUGAUGUUCCAGAUCGACCAGAAGACCAAGGACUGCUCCAAGGUGGCUCUGCGCGAGUCCUGGGAUCCCUUCGACAUCCCGGACAACUCCACCUUCGAGGAGCAGUAUUCCAUCGGCGGUCCCGGCGACAGCGUGGAGGUCCAGGAGUGGUCGGACAGGAAGCCGGCUCGUCGGCAUGAGACCUGGGUCGGCAUCUACACCCUCAAAGACUGCUACCCGGUGCAGGAGACCUACAGCAGCAACAGCAGCGUCACCACCUCCACCCGCUUCUACGACCUGCAGCUGGGCAUCCGCGACCCCAGCGUCUUCACCCCGCCCAGCACCUGCGGUUCAGCCCGGCCCGAGAGGAUGGCCGGGUCCGAGUGCUGAGGCCUCAUCUGAGCAGAGACGGGUGAAGUGGCUGCUGAUGAGAAACGCCACUUGUUGCUGCUAACGUUGAUCUUUAACUUCAGGCCGGCGUCACUGCUUCAAUGCUCGCAAAAACACUCACAAGCAGCAGGAGGUGCAGCAUUUAAUCAAAGGUUUGACUGUGGGUCAUGAUUUUAAAUGAGAAAUAAAGCAACACACUGGAAACACC